AUGAAGAUAGUGACAUACAACAUAAACGGGCUGAGGCCUCGAGUCGCACAGUUUGGGUCUCUACGCAAAUUGCUUGAUUCUCUUGAUUCUGACAUAAUCUGCUUUCAGGAGACGAAGCUGUCGAGGCAAGAAAUGAAAGCAGAUUUGGUGCAGGCGGAGGGCUACGAGUCCUUUUUCUCUUGCACUCGCACUACUGAUAAAGGCCGAACAGGAUAUUCCGGCGUGGCAACAUUUUGCCGUGUCAUGUCAGCAUUUUCAAGUGUUGAAGUAGCGCUGCCGAUCUCUGCCGAGGAGGGUUUCACGGGUGUUCUCAAGCUUUCCAGAGGGCUUAGGAAAAGUGAGAAUCCUUUGAUAAUUGAGGGUCUAGAAGAUUUCUCAAUUGAUGAGCUUCAGAAAAUUGAUGGAGAAGGACGAUGUAUCAUAUCUGACCAUGUACAUUUCGUUCUUUUCAAUGUGUAUGGCCCUAGAGCUGAUAGUGACGACACCGAAAGAAUCCAGUUCAAGCGCAUUUUUUUUCACGUACUGCAGAAAAGGUGGGAGUCCCUUCUAGGUCAAGGAAGAAGGAUAAUUGUUGUUGGAGAUCUGAACAUUGCUCCCUCUGCUAUUGAUCGUUGUGAUGCUGGGUCGGAUUUUGAAAAGAACGAGUUUAGGACUUGGUUUAGAUCUUUGCUGGUGAGAAGUGGCGGUUCCUUUUUUGAUGUUUUCCGUGAAAAACAUCCUGAGAGAAGAGAAGCGUACACGUGUUGGCCUACAAAUUCUGGUGCAGAGGAGUUCAACUUUGGGACCCGAAUUGACCACAUUUUGAGUGCUGGGCCAUGCUUGCAUGAAGAAGAAAAUCAGGGACAUAAUUUUGUGACUUGCCAUGUCAAAGAGUGA